AUGGCACAAUUCGUUACACACAUACAACCAACGUUGCUGGAGGCUUCGCAGGGUCAUGUACCGCACCAUCAUGGCCAUCAAGUUGGCAUACAACAUUCAUCACAUUUGCCACAUAGCGGGCAUAAUAUGCCAUCGCCGCCCACAACGUACAACCAUCAUCCACAUUUGCACCAUCAGCAGCAACAUCAGGAACAACAUUAUCACAACCAUCACCAUAGUCCACCGUCGCAAUUGUCGUCGCCACAAAGUGGCGCCCCAUUACACCAUCAUCAUAUUGGCAAGCAUGGAGCCAAACAUGAGCACUUUGGACAUCAUGGCUCAGGAGAUGGAAACACAUCAUUUCUUCGCGCAGCCCGAGCGGGUAACUUGGAGCGAGUUUUGGAACAUUUAAAAAAUAAUAUUGACAUCAACACCAGCAAUGCUAAUGGCUUAAACGCACUGCAUUUGGCUUCCAAAGAUGGACAUAUACAUGUCGUAUCUGAAUUGCUGAAACGCGGCGCUAUCGUGGAUAGCGCUACCAAGAAGGGGAACACUGCAUUGCAUAUUGCUUCACUCGCCGGUCAGGAGGAGGUGGUAAAACUCUUGCUCGAACACAAUGCCUCCGUGAACGUACAGUCGCAGAAUGGCUUUACGCCACUCUACAUGGCAGCACAGGAAAAUCACGAUUCCGUUGUAAAGCUGCUGCUCGCCAAUGGCGCCAAUCAAAGUCUUGCCACUGAAGAUGGUUUUACACCACUUGCCGUGGCCAUGCAGCAAGGUCAUGAUAAAGUCGUAGCCGUGCUCUUGGAAAGUGAUACACGCGGCAAGGUGCGAUUGCCUGCAUUGCAUAUUGCGGCCAAGAAGGACGAUGUAAAGGCCGCCACAUUACUUUUGGAUAACGAUCACAACCCCGAUGUAACAUCCAAAUCUGGUUUUACACCACUGCACAUUGCUUCCCACUAUGGCAAUCAAGCCAUCGCCACCUUACUAAUUCAAAAAGGCGCCGACGUGAACUUCGCGGCCAAGCAUAAUAUCAGUCCAUUGCAUGUUGCUGCCAAGUGGGGUAAAACCAAUAUGGUUUCAUUGCUGCUAGAGAAGGGUGCUAAUAUUGAAGCUAAGACCCGUGACGGUCUAACGCCGUUGCAUUGCGCAGCACGUUCCGGUCACGAGCAGGUUGUGGAUAUGCUACUGGAGCGCGGCGCACCAAUUAGCGCCAAAACAAAGAACGGUCUUGCUCCGCUGCAUAUGGCAGCACAGGGUGAGCAUGUGGAUGCCGCACGUAUUUUGCUGUACCAUCGUGCGCCCGUUGACGAGGUAACUGUGGACUAUUUGACAGCAUUGCAUGUGGCUGCCCAUUGUGGACAUGUGCGUGUCGCGAAGCUGUUGCUCGAUCGUAAUGCCGACGCCAAUGCACGUGCGCUUAACGGUUUUACGCCGUUGCAUAUUGCGUGCAAGAAGAAUCGCAUAAAGGUGGUGGAAUUGUUGUUGCGUCACGGCGCUAGCAUCAGUGCCACCACAGAGAGUGGUUUGACGCCGCUGCAUGUGGCCGCUUUCAUGGGUUGCAUGAACAUUGUCAUCUAUUUGCUGCAACAUGACGCCAGCCCAGAUGUGCCGACUGUGCGCGGCGAGACACCGCUCCAUUUAGCUGCGCGUGCUAAUCAGACUGAUAUUAUACGCAUUUUGUUGCGCAAUGGCGCUCAGGUGGAUGCACGCGCACGGGAGCAACAAACCCCAUUGCACAUUGCUUCGCGGCUCGGCAAUGUUGAUAUUGUAAUGCUGUUAUUGCAGCAUGGCGCUCAAGUGGAUGCCACCACCAAGGAUAUGUAUACUGCUUUACACAUUGCUGCCAAAGAGGGUCAGGAUGAGGUCGCUGCUGUUUUGAUUGAAAAUGGCGCAGCUUUGGACGCUGCUACGAAGAAAGGCUUCACACCACUACAUUUGACCGCCAAAUAUGGUCAUAUCAAAGUUGCUCAAUUGUUGCUGCAAAAGGAGGCGGAUGUGGAUGCCCAAGGCAAGAAUGGCGUCACUCCGUUGCAUGUUGCCUGUCAUUACGACAAUCAGAAAGUGGCUCUAUUAUUGUUGGAGAAGGGCGCUAGCCCACAUGCAACAGCCAAAAAUGGACAUACACCACUGCAUAUUGCUGCACGUAAAAAUCAAAUGGAUAUUGCUACAACUUUGUUGGAAUAUGGCGCACAAGCUAAUGCUGAGAGCAAGGCUGGUUUCACACCAUUGCACUUGAGUUGCCAGGAGGGCCACGCUGAAAUAUCGAAUUUGCUGCUCGAACAUAAGGCUGGUGUCAAUCAUCCAGCCAAGAAUGGUCUUACUCCGAUGCAUUUGUGUGCACAAGAAGAUAACGUGAAUGUAGCUGAAAUUUUACAACGUAACGGUGCUAAUAUUGACAUGGCCACCAAAGCCGGGUACACACCCUUACAUGUAGCUGCACAUUUCGGCCAAGCAAAUAUGGUGCGCUUUUUAUUGCAUCACGGUGCUAACGUAGAUGCGGCCACAUCAAUCGGUUAUACACCACUUCAUCAGACCGCACAGCAAGGCCAUUGCCACAUUGUUAAUCUACUAUUGGAGCAUAAAGCGAAUGCCAAUGCACAGACGGUCAAUGGACAGACACCGCUGCAUAUUGCACGCAAAUUAGGUUAUAUCAGUGUUUUGGAUUCUUUGAAAUCGAUUACAAAUGAACCGGAUGCUGCAACGCAAAAUCAAACCGAUGAAAAGUAUCGCGUUGUCGCCCCAGAGGCAAUGCAUGAAUCAUUUAUGUCGGACUCAGAAGAGGAAGGUGGCGAAGAUAAUAUGCUUUCCGAUCAGCCAUACCGUUAUUUGACAGUUGAUGAAAUGAAAUCCUUAGGCGAUGAUUCCUUGCCGAUAGAUGUUACACGCGAUGAACGUAUUGAUUCUAAUCGCAUGAUGACCCAUAGCGCUGAGUAUGCUGGCGGUGUUGGAGGUCAACCGCAGCAGCAGGCUAUUGCAGAAGAGCUGAUUAGUCCACAUAAAGCACAGAUACAUGGCGCUGGUAAAUCCAUAGUGGACGGCAUUUAUAUGGCCAAUGGUCUUAAUGAGGAACAAAAAUAUGUGGGCCGAAAGCUUUCAUGGAAGAGUUUUCUUGUUUCGUUCCUUGUCGAUGCACGCGGCGGUGCAAUGCGUGGUUGCCGCCAUAGUGGAGUACGCAUGAUUAUACCGUCUCGUUCCACUUGCCAACCGACUCGAGUCACUUGUCGCUAUGUAAAACCACAACGCACCAUGCAUCCACCCCAACUAAUGGAGGGUGAAGCCCUGGCUAGCCGUGUGUUGGAGCUGGGACCAGUUUCGACGAAAUUUAUUGGCCCCGUUAUCAUGGAAGUACCACAUUUUGCAUCAUUGCGCGGCAAAGAGCGCGAAAUCAUCAUAUUGCGUUCGGAUAACGGUGAAACCUGGCGAGAGCAUACAAUUGAUAAUUCUGAAGAAAUCAUGCACGAUGUGAUGCAACAAUGUUUUGAGCCCGAAGAAAUUGCACAACUUGAAGAGCAAGCCGGUAAUCACGUUUGCCGUUUUGUUACAUAUGACUUUCCACAAUACUUUGCUGUGGUUUCACGCAUACGUCAAGAGGUGCAUGCCAUUGGACCAGAGGGUGGCAUGGUAUCCAGCACUGUGGUGCCACAGGUGCAGGCCGUUUUCCCGCAAGGUGCACUCACCAAAAAGAUCAAAGUGGGCUUGCAGGCACAACCAGUCGAUCCAGAUCUAACUGCUAAACUACUUGGCCGUGGUGUGGCAGUAUCGCCAAUUGUAACAGUUGAGCCACGGCGUCGUAAAUUCCAUAAGGCUAUCACGCUGAGUAUGCCCGCACCGAAGGCACAUAGUCAGGGCAUGAUAAAUCAAUAUUCUGGCAAUACACCCACACUCCGUCUGCUUUGCUCCAUAACAGGAGGGCCGUCCCGCGCGCAAUGGGAGGAUGUGACAGGCUCUACACCAUUGACGUUCGUUAAUGAUUGUGUAUCAUUUACGACAACCGUAUCUGCUCGAUUUUGGUUAAUGGAUUGCAGGAAUAUUUCAGAGGCUACUAAAAUGGCAACCGAAUUGUACAAGGAGGUAAUACAUGUACCAUUUAUGGCUAAGUUUGUGGUAUUUGCCAAGAAAGUGGAACCUUAUGAAGCUCGUCUGCGAGUUUUCUGCAUGACCGAUGACCGCGAGGAUAAAACUCUCGAAAAGCAGGAACUCUUUACAGAAGUCGCCAAGAGUCGUGACGUUGAAGUGCUUGAAGGCAAGCCACAGUAUAUUGAAAUGGCUGGUAAUCUAGUGCCUGUCACAAAAUCUGGAGAUCAAUUGCAAUUGCAAUUCAAAGCAUUCCGUGAGAAUCGUCUACCAUUCACGGUUCGCGUAAAGGAUCAGCACGCCGAUAUUGUGGGUCGUACAUUGUUUAUGAAAGAGCCAAAAGUAGCCAAGGGUGAGCCACCGCAACAUCCCAUCUGUAUUUUGAAUAUUGUUUUGCCGGAUAUUGUCAUACCGGACACAACUACCGAGUUCAGCGAUAAGAUCACCACCACCUAUCGCAGCUCACUAUUUAGUUUGAGUAAACAUCAAAAUGAUCAUUACAUCGGCGAUAUACGUAUUGUGGAUUUAUCGAAUUUACUAGGCAAGGAUUGGAUUCAAUUGGCCUCUGAAAUCGGUAUUAGCACGGAAGAGAUUGAUGAGAUCAUAAAUCAAAAUACUGAUAGUAUUGCGCGGCAAGCCCAAAGCAUGAUUCGUCUUUUUAAGGAUAAGCCAAAUUACGAUAUACACGCCUUAGAAGUAGCGCUCAAAAAUAUUGGGCGUGAUGAUAUUAUGAAAAAAUGUAAAAGUGGGCGGCUUUCCCACUCGCGUGAUUUUGAUGAAACUGACAUUAUGAAGAACUCGGAGUCUGUUGAGGAGCUGGUGCGGCAAGAGAGUAAACGAAUCCAACAAAUCCAUGAUCACGAAGAAGUUAAAUACUCGGCCGAAGAAAAAGAAGUUGAAGAAUCUGAAUCAGAUGAGGAAAUUACGAAACGGACAGUAGCGGAACGGCGAGAGAAGAUCGUGAAACGCCUCUCUAUUGAACGACAGAUUCCUGCUUCAUCACAAAAGAAAGAAAUUACACGUGAAAUAUCGGAGAUUAAACGUAAAAGUCUUAUUGAGGACAAAAAGGCUAUUCAUGAAUCGGAAAUCAUGAUGCAAUUGCCCACAGAUAAUAUCGUUAAGUCCACUGUCGCUCCAGAUCAAGUAAUGAAAAUGAAAAUGGGUAAAAUGGAUUCCACCGAAAUAAGUAAAAGUGAAUUUGAUAAGGAACUGACGCACAAAUUGAAAACUUCUGGGCGCAGCUCAGAAGAGGAGGACUCUGUAACAGAAUACAAGCAGGUCCAGAAUGAUGAAAAUUUGAAACUAAUACAAGAUAUUAGCGCUGUCGAGAAGCUCAAGCUCCUGCAAGAGCCAACGAUAACUUCAGAACAAGAAAAAACAAAACAAUUGACUGAAGAUUUUCUAAAUGUUGAGAAGCAAACUCAACUUCCAGUCGAUAUUACUAUCAGCGAGAAGUUUGUUGAAGAAGUGAAAGAAAAGGAAAUGAAAGGCACAGAAACUGUAGAGAAAUCCACACCGCCCACAGAGAGGGAGAGCACAGAAAGUAAAACGUACACAAUCACGGAAACUAUUCAAACGGUGAAAGAGGAAAAAAUAAAGGGCAGCUCAAUUGAAGACAAAAUCGCUGACUUUGAAGCCAGAGGGGUGACCUAUGAUAUGAAAUCAGUGAUACCAAAAGAUAUGAAAAAACAUGACGAUGGACCAACAGAUGACAGCUAUCUAGCACACGAAAAACCAGUUAGGUCUUUUGAAAAAACACUUACCGAAGGCUUUUUAAGUAUGGAGCAAAAAUCUCAAUUGCCGGCCGGCAUCAAAACUACUACCGACUACAAAGUUGUACAAGAAACUACUCGUCCAGUUGCCGAGAAGAGGACAUCUCUCGACGAAAAAGUACCAGAACCAAAGACACGGUCAUCUACAGAAGAGGCUUCGAAAACCACAAUAUCAAAGGAUAAGAAGAGUCCCGUCGAAUCAAUCAGUACAACUACUGAAGCUGCGAUAAAGUUCGAUAAAGUGUUUGUAGAAGAUAGCGAAGCCGCAUUAAUCGAAACAAAACAGCUAACGCAUGAAUUUUUGAGCAUGGAACAGAAGUCACAGACAGAAAUGAAGAAGAGUGUGAAUGAACUUGUAACAAGUACCGCAGAGGUGAUGGAAACAGCAGCAGAAAUCUUUGAAACCACAGAGCUACUAGAGGAGUCAACGAAAGAUAUCGAGUUCACAAAAGCUCAAUUAAAAGAGGCAGCUGAAAAAUAUGAUGUACCGAAAACUACAAGAGAUCUCACAGAUACUACAAAGGUGCUAGAAGAUGAACUGAAGACUAAAUUGCCGGAAAAAGUUUUGGAAACCAAAGAAAUCGCAAAGAAACUAGAGAGUGAGUCAAAAACUGAAGGAUGGAAAACCGUAACCGAUACAGAUAUACAUCAAACUAAGGAGAAAGUGGAAUCUAAAAUGGAAGCUGACGUGCAUAAGACGACCGAGGACCUUAAAGAAUUCGACAAGAGGGUGGAUAGUGUAAAGGAGUUAGAAAAGGAGUUGGAAAAAGAAGUACAAACAACAACUGAUGAUGUCAUAGAUGCUACAAAGAAACUCGAUGUAUUCAGAGAUGUCGACACGGAGAAGAAAACUGAUAAAACAUUUAUGAAAGAAACAACUUCGUUUCCAGCUAAAGAGUUAAUUAGUGACGCUUCAAGUUCAUCAGAUUUAAAACUUGAUAGUUUAGAAAUAAGUGAAAAAAAGAUUUUUCCAACUCACGAAGCCACUAAACCAAGCGACACGUUGGCAACUGUAAGCACCAAACAAUUAACAGCAGAUUUCUUGGCAAUGGAACAGCAAGUACAAUUUCAAAUAUCAGGAGAACCAGAACAACAAGUCGAAAAACAGGAACUCUUCAAAUCUGCCACACAUACUGUUGUGCCUUCAGUUUUGAGCUCUACAGUUGUUCCCAUCAUUCCCUCUGGCGUGGAUGCUGAACAACCCUCUACAGUCGUAGAUUUACAAAAAUCAACAACUGAUGUGUCUAAAGAAAUUGAGAAAUUAGUAGACACUGAAACUACUGAAGUAAAAAGCGCUAUGGGUGAUCUGAUCAAAACAACGAGCGUUAUUAUGACUACCGUACCAAAACUUGGAACUGAGCAGGAUAUUAAAUCAUUAGAAGAAAGUCUUAAAGAAAGCAAAGCUGACGUUAAGUCUUCGUUGGCUGAAUCAACUACGAAAGAACCUAAGAAAGAAAUCACACCAGAAGCAACUCUAAUCGAUUUUGAACCGGACAUUAUAGUAGAUGAGAAAACAACUAAACUCAAGAUGAGUUCAGCAGUAACGGACACGGUCAAAGAAGAGAGCAUCAAACUUGUAGAAUCUGUUAAAAAGCUCGAAGAAACUAUAAAAGUAGUCGAUAAAUUGCAGGAUGAUGGCAUUGAGAUAGCCGCGCCCAUAAACGAGACCGACAAAGUAUCUGCAGUAGGUGUGAGGAAGCUAACUGAAGACUUUCUCACCAUAGAGCAAACUACACAACUCACAACAAGCACAAAACCUAUCAAAGAAACAAUUAUAACGGAUAGCUACGGAAAAACAACUACACUACCCAUGCAAGAAAUGUCGCAAACGGCAGCAGAGACUAUAAGCAGCACUAGCUUAAGUGAGGAAAUUAACAAAAUCGUAACCGAGGCGGCAACAAAAAUAGAUACAAUUAAAAUAACAGAUGACUUCUUAGCCACAGAACAGCAAACCCAGCUGCCGAUUGUUAAGCCGUUAGUAGCUGACACUGGAACUGGCCUCAAGGCUGGCGAUGAUUUGGCUGCACCUGCACCUUUUGAACCACGAAAAUCUAUAACCCUCACAGACGCUGAAUUCUGCAAGUCAGUUGAGGAAACAAUUACAAAGAAGAUGAGUGCGGGACAAAUUGAAAUAAACGAUGAGCUCAAAACGCAUACGAGCGACAUUCCACAUUCGCAAACCCCACCACCUACACCAAUUGAGAUUAGAAGGCAAGACGGAGAAUCACCGCCUGGCACUACUUCCGAUAAGAAAAAUCAUCUAACUGAUACUGUGAUCACUUUACAUAAGACCACAGAAUCAACAUUCGAACGUGUUUCGGGAAUUUCAAAAAUCGAAACCAUAGAAGAAAAACUCAUCUUAGAUGAAGAUUCUUUCAGAACUUUUGGCGAUGACGUUAAAGAACAUAAGAUCAGUGGUUUUAAUGAAGAGAUUGGCGAUCAAGUAGAUCAAAAUAUUGAUAAGAGUAGUUAUGAUGAUAAAUACUCUGGUGAAAAUAAAGACACCGAUAAUGAUAACAGUGAUGAUGACGACGAUGAUGAUGAUGAUGAUGAAGAUAGAAGUAGAAAGGCUGGUCUUGUCGAUGAUAGUCUUUUUGAUGUUGGCGCCACCAUACGCAAAGAAGCUGCAGUGCUAAUUGAUAAUGUACUUGAAGAUAGCAUUAAUAUCAUUAGCAAUCAGCAGGAACAACAGCAUGGAACCAAUGGUUAUGAUUCUCUUAAGCAGGAAUAUAAUUCAGACAGUGAAAACUAUGCUAUUACAUGCGAUGAUAUUGGUGGUUUAGAUGUUGUCAAAUCACCAACAAUUGAAUCGAUGUCUGGCAAAUCAUUCGACGAUAAUAUGAGUUUCAAUGACGAACAGUGUCAUAUCUCACAGCAGCGUAUGCAAGUCCCUGCAACAUCGGAUGUUAUAACCACAACAAUCACCACUACAACACAACAACAGCAGUCUAGUGACUUGAAACAAGUGAAAGAUGGGUUUGGACCAAUAAUAGUAACAGAAAUCAAGACAACAACACAAACCGUCACAACCUCCAGAGAGGCAAGUGAGGCACUUGAUGGUUGUAGUGAUGAUAAAGGUGAUGCUGCAGCAAUAUUGAAGGCAAAAGAAGUUUCCGAUAUGACAAAGUCUCGGCGUAUUGAUCACAAAUUCGAAAAGCUCACAUCACAUUCUGGUGAUAUUGACGAGCAAGCAUCGGCGUUCGAUGCAAAUUUCGACACAAUGGUGCAUGAUGAUGAGCUAAGUAAUUUGCAAAGUGAGUUUUCGAAAAUGAGUUGGGACGAUAGUGUGUCACCGACGACCAACACUCUAGGCGAUAUUGGUCAAAGCACACCCGACAAUGAUAUACAAGAUAUCGCUACAGAGACAGGCUUUGAAUUCGCUAAAUCAUCUGAAACUACCCCAGUACCAACUUGUGUUGCGACAACUGCCCCAACUGAUCCCGAUGCCGAUGCACCCACCCCCAAGCCUCGCUCUGCUAAAGCAGCUUCGCCUGUCAGAGAUAUUGUCGGCGACACCACACAAUCCCUUAAGAGCGAUGAUGCACCCAGCCAGACGGACUCCUCUGAACACGUACCCGAUUUAUCAAUAAUAGCUCCCGUACCAAAACCACGCCUACAAAUGAAGCCAACAGAUUCGUUCAAAAAUUUAGCUGCUUUAGCGGGCGAACAGUCAGAUAGUAUUAGUUUGCGUAGCUUGGAUAUGACAGAAGAUCUCUCUAAAACCGAUGAACAAUCUAUGGAAAUUUCCAACAAGUCAUCACACGCACGUGAUUAUCCUACGACUACAACAAUUACAACUGCUUCUGAAGAUCCCACAGAAUCGCUCGAACCAACUAGUGAGAUAUCAGUAGAUGAUGGUGAUACAGAAAAAUCCGAACUUACCGAUGGUCGAGCAAAGACUAGUUUCUAUAUUGGUGAAUCGAGUCGAAAUAUUAUUGUCAAAACCACGCCCACAAAGGCGGAUACUGAUUUAGGCGCUGCGGAAACAACAAUAGAUGCUGAAAAUGUAUCUGAUGCCACCAUUGAGGCUAAGGAUAUAGCAUUAAUGAAGGAAGUUUCUGUCGAUUCAGACGAAAGUAAUGAUAUGUUUAAGGAAUAUGUGACAAUAAAGCGUGAAAUAGACGGAUCUGAAAGUAAAAUAAUGCGACAAGGAUCCGAAACUCGAAAUGAUCUUUUAGAACAGGAGCCACCUAAGGAUAAUCUUAAUGAUGAUAGCAAAAUGCCUACUACUUUUGUAGUAACUGCAGAAAUUUCACAACCACCAGUAGAAAAGAUGGAAAGUUCCUUAAAGGAGGCUACAGAUGACAGCACUGUUAUUUAUGCUUCAAUAUCGAAAUCGGAGAAACUCGAUUUGCAACUAGAGAAGAAUGAAUGGGAAAUAACGGAGAAGGAAAUCCCAGUGGGCAAACCUAAAGUUGUGCAUUCGCCCCAACAACUGAGCCAAUUGCCAAAAGCCUUAAUUGAUGAAGAAAUGGUUGCAAAAACACUGGAAGAAGCACAAGAAUCAUUAAAUGCUGUGAAGAAUGAACUAAAGUUUAUAGUAAAAGAUGGGAAAUCAAUUAAAGAGUCGCCCUCAGAAUUUGAAUUUCGUUCAAUAUCUCACGCAUUAAGUAGCGCAGAGAAAAAGGAUAAAACAAAAUCAGAACAAGACGCUACGAUCAAAGAAACCCAGCAGUCAGAACAUACAUUCACGGAAGAGGCAGAUAUUUCCUCUUUUAUAGGAAUACCAGAUACUUUAAAAGAGUCCACGACUCUGACAACAUUUGAAGUAAUAAAACCAAGCGAUAGUUUAUUUGAGACCACAACAAAAGAUACUUUAAAUAAAGAAGCUGUAGUGGCCCACUACGCGCGAGAAAUUUUUGAGGAGACCAAGCAGGAUAUAAAAGAUGAGCACGGUUCGUUAGGCUUUAUAUCGACGGGUACUGCAGACGACUACAGUUCAAUGGAGGAAUAUGCAGCUAAAGAAGAACAUGCUUCCCUUGGCUUUGUAUCAACAGAAACUGUCGAAGACUUCAGUUCGAUGGAGGAUUACUAUCAAGAAAAAUUGGCGAAAGCUAGCAUUGUCACUGAAGCAGGUGACGCAGUGAGCAAAUCACCAAUAGAAAGUUCAACUGGCGGAACCGAAACAGCAUUUUCUGAAAUAAGUUUGGAACAAACAAUGAAGCCAUUUGAACAGGUAACACAUCGCAUCAAGUCGGAAAGCAGCUCAGCGGAUUCCACGAACAGAUGGUCUGUACCCGAAAUCGAUCAGUCUAGCUCCAGUGAGAGCUAUUACAAAAGCUUAGAUAAAAACGACAGUCGUCCGCUAUCAUCGGAUGUAGAAAAUUUGUUAACCCAACCAAAUUCUUCGGAAUAUCAAACGGCGUUGGACAUAUCUUCGGUAGCACCGGAAGCAACGGAAUAUAUUAGCGCUGUUAGCACACUUGAAAGCAGUAGUGGCAGAACUAUAAGCUCCCACGAAAGUAUGAAAAGUUUAGAUUCGCAAUCAGAAACCUCUGCAAAUUUGGGUAGUAUUGAUGUUUCAGAAUUAUCAGAAACAUUGGUGGCAUCUUCCACUGAAGCCGAUGCUUUGGAAGCUGAGGAACUGGCACGCAUUCGCGAUUUACGUGCUGAUGACGAGGACAGCGAUGAAAGCCUAGACAUACAAGACUACUCAAAAACCGAACAACAAAUGCAAAGAUCGUUGAUGAAACGUUCACAAGAAAUGAUAUUCAAACCUAAGGUCGAGGAGACUAAAGCAGAGGAGAAACAUUUCGAAACUGUUGUGGUCGAAGAAUUUCCUAAACCUAAGGAAGUAGAAAAGACAUGGGGUUUGGCUUAUCCUAUGGAGGAAGGAAAAAUAGAUGAUAUAAAAGAUCCGGAACGCAUCGAUGAUAUAUUACUUUAUCACAGUGAUAUAAGACGUUCUAUUGAUGAUUCAAAACUGGCAUCUAGCUUGGAUGAAGGUAGUAUUCUUUCAGUCAGCAUGUCGAGUACAUCAAAUAUAGAGACCGUUGUAGAGAAUUUUGAGGAUAUGAUUGGCUCCGCUGGCUCUUCUUCAUUAACUGGAAUAGAGGGUUUUGGUUUUCCACACGAUGAACAGCCAUCCUCAUUUCCCGAGCACGAAGAAACUUUUAGCAUGGAAAUGGAAAGCAGAGAACAUUCGCCACAGGAUUCUACGGUUACAACACCCCCUGGCGAACAACGCAAACGUGGUCAUAAACGCAAUGAAAGCACUCUUAUUUCUGGUGAAGUUCUAAAAUCUAUCACCGACAAAGAAUUACCCGCUUUGGGUGAAAAUAAGGAAUCUGAAAGUGAAUCUGAUACAGAUCCCUAUGAAUCAGAAUAUACCAGACAGUUUCGGUCGCCAAAUGAACGCAAAAACAAUAAAAAGAAAAAGCAGGCAGCUGCCGAAAUGGACCAUAGCUUUGACCUCGAAAAACGACCUUUUACACCGUCGCAACUUGUCGCCGAAGUUAUUGUUGAGGAUAGCGCUACUGAAGAGAUGGAGGCUGAAGCCAUUGAGGAGGAACGCAGACCAUCCCAAAACAUGCAAGACUAUUCCGUAAUACCUGAUAUAACAGUAACUGAAGACGUUCAAAAAUCACCAAGUCUAGAGGAAACAAUGGAAGGCUUUGAAGAGAAAUUGUUAUAUAAAGUGAAAACACAAGAAGAGCUGCAUAAAGCUGCCGAUGAACCUAUUGACAAGAGUGAGGAAACAUUUCAAAAACUAGUACAAGAACAAUAUAAGCAGAAACUGGCGGAUCUUCAGCGACCUCAAGCUGGCGAUAGUGAUUAUGAUGAUGAAAAGGCGCCUGACUCGCCUGAUUCAUUUGAAAUGGUUGAUCAGCCAGAUAUUUCUGACGAUUUUGUGAUAAUAGAAGAAGUCGCUAAAGAAGCAAACGAAGUAGAUUUGGGUGCAAAAAGUAUUAAAAUUCAGCCAACAAAAUAUGAAUCCAAACAUGAUGAAGAUGUUGAGAAAAUUAUCAUAAAGUCAGCGCCAGCUGAUCCCAAACUAGGCUCUCAAAUAUUUCGCGACGAUCUUAAUUUCGAAUUCGAAGAAAGCCCCCCAACUGCGGGUAGUAGUAGUGAUCCACAAGAAGAAAGCGAUUCGGGCGACAUGGCUAGUUCCAACAAACGCUGGGUUGAGAUGCAGCUCACAGACACACAAUUGCGGUACCCAUAUGAUAUGACUGGCGGAGUAUUGGAAGACAUCAAGGAAGAGGAUGGCGAGUUCGAAGUUGGUAGUAGUCGCAUUAGCAGUUUUAAAGACUCAUUUUCCAGCACACCGGAGUACGAUGUCAUGGCCGCCAGGCGAUACUAUGCACGUGGUGAACACGAUGAUGUCUCGAUGAGCAGUUUGCAGGAAUUUGAAUCGUUAGAGCAGGCGAUUUCAUUGGAGAAUCGUAACAAAACGCAUCAAGGAUCCACGGACUCGAGCAAUGGUAGCUUCACACGGCGCUAUAUGGUGCGCCACAGUGGCAGCGGAACAGCGCAAGGCGAUGAUGUGUCGAUUUCAAGCCUUAAGGAAUUCGAAGGUUUGGAGAAUGCGUGUAUUGAAGCGCAUUUGAUUGAGAUCAAGGCAAAAGAAGAAGCCGCACUUCUCUCUCGUUCGGACGAUUCAAAUAAGUCAAAUGACAGUGAUCGGGAAAAUGGUACAACUAAUGUGGUUGUAAGCAGAGUGACACGUACCGUAACACGCACUGAAGUGCUGCCCGCACAAAAGCAAAAUAUUGAAGCCUUGCUCAAGCAGAAGCUCGAAGAAUGUGAAGGCAGAGAAUCCACGAUUAGGAUUACAGAACUAUCAACCGAGCCUUUGGACACCAAAAUAAGGCUGGAUAAACAGGAUUCAGAGAAAGGCAGCGUCGAUAGUUUGGAGAACAACAAAAGCAUGCGCUCUAGUAGUAUUGGCAGUUUUGAAAUAUCCAAAGAUGCAACCACACGCUCGGACAUUGAUUCAUUGGAAACUGAUCGAAAACAACCUACACGCGAAGAGAGUAUCGAUUCUAUGGAAAAUGAGCAGUUUGAUUUGUUGGCAAGAUUUCCAACAGUGGACGAAACUACACUAGGCGAAGGUUUGACAACAACAACAACAACUACAACGACCACCACAGAUGCUGAGGGACAUGAACAUACCGUUACGCAAACUAUCACCACAACAACAAGCACAAGCGGAAAUGCCACAUUAGAAUUCCCUGCCGAACAACUACCCAAAGACGUAUCGACCGACUCACUUUGCAUUGAACAUACCAAUACCAGUUCGGCGGGUACAACGGCUACUUAUCAAACUAGUGCUGGAAAUUCACAAAUGUCUGGCAGCAUAACUAGUUGUGCAUCCAGUACACUCAUGGAAGAUUCCUAUCCUGGGGUGAAUUCUAGUUUAACAUCUAGUAGUUUUUGGUCACAUGAAGAAUCAACGGUUGUGGAGGAUAAGAAUGUCUUAGAAGAAGUGCUCUUGGAAGAUGCUGAGGCCCUAAAACGUCGACAAGUACAGCAAAGAUCAGAUUAUGACGAGCAGCAUUAGACGAAUAGAGAGAAGAUAGGAAAGCAGUAAAAUUAUAAUUAAACUACACGCAUAAAAAAUACAUACACAUUUAAGGGAUUACAAGCUUUUUAUACAUACAUCAGUGGUUAGAUUUAAAUAAAUAAAUGCAAACUCAUGUUUCGGUAAUGGUGAACGGACGUGCUGAAAUACUUGGAGAUUUCGAAAAAACGUAUAUAUACUACACAAACAUUCCCUAUACUUAGUAAAUGAUAUAUUGAAUUUUAAUAUUAUCGGCGCAUCGAAAUUUAUGAAAUACACAUUAAACCAUGGACCAAUUCCAGUCUACUUAGAACACGACUUUUAGCAAAAAACAAAAACAAAAAAUAAGCAUUACAAAAAAAUUAUUAAUCCACACAAACACAAGCAUACGUGUUUGGCGUUAUUGUUAAAGAGACAAAAUACCCAGUAUAAUUUGGUCUAAAAAAUCUACCCGUUAUGUGUCUAUUAUCUAUUAAAUGUAACUUCUCCCCGUUGAUUGGCUUUAAAUUUUUAAAACUAAUUAUUAACUAAGAUUCAGAAAAAUGUACGUGAGUAUUUCGUUAUGUUAAUUGUGUGAACUUUUCUAAGAACUAAACAAGAUUUUCUACAUUGCUUUUAAUUACAAAAAUUGUGUAACCCGGUACAUGAUAUUAUUAGUAUGGAAAGCUAGCCAGGCAGUAGCAAUAAUGAUGGGUGUAAAGAAUUUAAUAUUUUUUAAAAAUUAUUUAAAUAUGUUAGUCAUUCGUAUGUAAUUUAGUUUAAGCAGCUUCAAUGGGAUACAUGCAUAUACAUUUUAACAUGUAUGAUGCCUUAACAAAAAUGCAUAAAAAAAGUUACAAAAAAAAAUAUAAUAUAUAUAUAUGUAUAUCUUUUUUCAUUUUUUAAUCCAAAGGAGCAAAUAAAGCGUAAGCAUUUUAAUAAUUUAUAUUUAAUAUUUACAUUGAAAUAACUUAAGUAUUGAAAAUAUGAAUGUAAUAAAGCACAUGCAUACAUACUUAUGCAAAGCAACAAACAGGCAUACCAAAAGCAUGUAUUUCCAAUUAAUCUUAGUCAAACUUAUUGCAAAAAUAAUACAUAUUGACAUGAAAUGUAUUUCCUAUCGAUGCAUGGGAGGACACAAUACACACAUACAUACAUAUUUGUAAUGCAACACACAUGCCUACGAUUAACCGAAUAAAAUGCUUAAACAUAUAAAAUAACCAAA